AUGCCAUCAGAGCAGAUUCAGUACUCCGAGAAAUAUUAUGACGAUGUGUACGAGUACCGGCACGUAAUACUUCCACCAGACUUAGCGAAAUUUGUACCGAAAACCCAUCUCAUGACGGAAACGGAAUGGCGUAAUUUAGGCGUUCAACAAUCGCCUGGCUGGGUGUUGUACAUGAUCCAUUCGCCAGAACCGCAUGUGUUGCUGUUUCGACGUCUACGUACGGACAUAGAGCCACAAUGA